CAGCAAGUAUGGUAUGGCGGCCAUUAUAUAUCGAACCUCAGAGAUGAGGAUGAUACUUAUCUAAAGCAUAUCACAUAGAGGUAUCAUAUUCAAGAUCUUCCUCACUGUCAGUCUUCUGAGCUCAUCAGCCUUCCUCUGCUUGACUAAACCUCAGGUGGAGUGAAAAUACAACAUACAGACAGGGAGCAUCUCUUCUCUGACUUGUGUCCAGCCUUCAGAAACCCCCUUGCCUCAAGUACCCACCUAGACUAAAGAAUGGCCGCUCCUGGCAAGCUGAGUGUGGAGUGUUCAGGUGGAACUGAGCUGUCAUUUCUAGCAACGAACCAUUGUACCUUUGUAUCGCCCACCGUUUCAUCCCACCCUGCAACUCUUUCAAGUCAGGGAUCCAGGCUUCAUGUCGGAUCGAGCCAGCCAGUUAAUAUUGACAGCCGCCAUUUUGGUCAGGUGGAGAACUCUGAUCCCACAAAUUCGCUGCCCCCAGUUGUGAUCAAAGUUGUGGUGAAUGGAGAUGAUGUGGAAACAGUAAAUGUGGGCAGAGAUCGGGAAGAUGUUGCCAUCAAACUUCAAGUCUGUGAUCCAUCCAGAGGAACGUCAGACCCUGAUGAUGCUUCCAUUUUCAAGUCGAUAUCAAAGAUAUCGAUGCUCACAGCCAUUAAACUCAUUAUUGUUUUGCAGAUUGUUGCUAUGUUGAAAGGGAAUGGUGUAAACAUACACUACAACAAUGUGUACAACUACCACCAGACACCACCUCUUCCUGCAAACAAGAUGGAGCCAGUUCUUGUCAACAGCACUGGCAAUGACAACUAUAGACCACCUGUUAACCAGAUGGAACCAGCUCUUGUCAACAUCACUGGUGAUGGCAACUACAGAUCAGAUGAAGCUGUAUCAGAGGGGUCUAUGUGUAGCAAGUCCACUCCUCUGAGAAGGCCUGAUAAAAAGAUAGCCUCCAAGAAAUGCAUGAUUCAGGGUAAACAAAUUAUGCCCAAACCUGGAGUUAAGGAUUACCUGAGUCUUCUGUUUUCUGCAGAACCUCCUCAGUGUAGCUUUCAAUCAAACAGAAUCUACCAUGAGAUGACAAGUAGACUUGGCGAUGCAAGAAAGCAGCACCAAAUUCUUCAGAGUGACCACGAAGACCAUUGCUUCUGGGUAUCUUCAAGAACACAAGCAAGUGUAAGGUUUGCCAUGUCACGACUUGAAUACAGUUGUCCUGAUGAUCAGGAAGAGAUCGAUGUAAAACAGAUGCAGAAGGAACAGAAGAGGUCAGCCAUGACGAAGGACUUCACGGCUCUUGCUAUGCAAGGAGACAGCAGUAGCAAGCAAGAGGCCAAAUCUGUUGCUGGAGCUGGUCAUGACAACCUCACCCAAGGUCUUGACAAUAUGGAAUGUCUGAUCAGUCCUCUUCUGCAAGUCCUGGCUAUAACUGUGUCAUUGUUUAUUGCCACCUUUGUUUUUGCGAAAACCCUACUGCAGCCGCUCUUUGCAGUGACCAAAAGACUGAACUGGUUCCUUGACAAAGUAAAGCUAUAUGUUUGUUCUGGAAGGGCUCUCAUUUCUUCCACCUGCAUCAAAUUAUGUUGCCAUGUUGUGGCAGUGCUGCUCCCCAAUCAUGUUCCUUCAUAUGUGGCAAUGCUGUUGCUGGUGUUUAUGGAGUGUUCAGGAUCUGCUCAUGGUGAAAGUCCAGACAGCUUUGACAGUGGAGCACAAGUGACCAGUGAACAGGGAAGACAAAGACAGGGGGAAGAUGUUACACAUGCUGGCUUCCUAUCUGAAUCAUUGUCAGUCCCCAAGAAUAUACAAAAUGUCAGUACGUCAGAUGAUGAUGCACCUCAGAAUACAGACCCUGAUGAGAGUUAUGUGGAAAAUCAACGUGAUGACACUGACCAAAUUAAGAGGAGUGAUGAUCCAUCUGAUAAAACUGAAGAUGAUAACUCAUCUUUAGGUCUAAAUGAGGUGAACACUGUCCAAGACUUUGUAAGAGACAUAAUUGGAGAAUCUGAUUGCCAGCCAUCUAUUGCUCCAGACGCAUUGGAACUGGCCAGGAAUGGAUUCAAAAACACAGGUGUUGAAGAUCCUCCUGCAUGUCCUGAGGUACACUGUGAUGAAGUUAAGAAAAGGAUACCCUCACUUCCCGAGGAUGCAAGUAUUAUCUAUUCGAGGAAGCGGCCUGGAAAGCCCCGGAUCCCCAGAUCUGUAGGAAGAUCCAUCUCUGAUGACUUGGUGGAAACGGAUGCAGCAGACAAUGAAACAGCAGAACAUGUUUUGAGCCAUCUUAAGACACAACCAGGAUGUUUGACAACUUUCCUGGACUUGGUGAAACGUCAAGAGAGAGACUUUGAGCAACCCAUCCUGCCCAAUGAUGCCGGGCGAGACGAACGACUGCAUAUGCCCCCCAAAAGAAAGUACAUUUGGCCUCACUGGCACUGCAUCCACGGAGAGAAGUAUGACAUGAUGAACUUCAUCCUUGGCAUCGAAUCAGCUCUUGAUGGAACAGGAGUGUUUAUUGAGGUCUCCCCACUUCAUGUACAGAAUGGAGGCAUUCAGUCUUGGAUGGUCAAACCCCUGUCCGACUCUAGAACAGCCUACUUUGACCACAUGGGAGAAGCUCCCUAUAUUGAAGAGAAGGUUGAAAUUGAAACAUUUCUGCAAAUUAGACGGAAAUAUGAAAUCUACAUCAGUCAUCAGGAUGAUGAUGCAAACAGACUGAAAAUAUAUGGACUUAAAAAGUCUGUAGAAGAUGAUCGCCAUUUUGUGAAAAUCUUCUAUCAGUGCAGGGAAGCUGUAGGCUACAUCAAUGUGUUUCUGACGUUCCAAACAUGGAGUAGGAGAAGAUUUAAUCAAGUUCAUCGUAUUCCAAGUGGUCUGACCUUGAAAGCCGUGAUGGCACAUCCAGCCAUCCAUAACUCUGUGAGUCAGCUAAAACAAGUGUACACCUGGUUGCAAGAUGGCUGCUAUGUGAGGUUGACGUUGGGGGGACGUCAUGUCUACCCAUCCCCUUCUUGGAGGGUGAACCACAACUGCAUCAUGGAGAUUGUACCCUCAAUCAAAGGUGGCCAUCAACACCGCACAUCUCUCAAAGAUGUCUAAAUGGACAAGAUCGGCCAGCUUAAUUUACUUAGGUUCUUAUUCUAGUCUGGGAGGAAUUAUGUAUGGUGUAUGCAAAAAAGAAGAAUUUGACAUCCAUAAUUUUUGUCUUAUACUUGAAUACCAACUUCUAUAUGCCUCUCAAGAACCUGAGAAAUUAUGUAAUUGUAAAGUGUUUUGUUGUGAACAUUACGUGAUGUCAUAGAGAUAUACUCUAAAAAAAGGUAGGGGAUACUAAAAUUUCCAAAACUUUGAGAAAUAUUAGUCACUAUUAAUAAUUUGAUAAUUUUAAUGAAAGAAUUGGAAACACAUACCUUCAACAGUAGUGGAAUCUGACAGAAGAUGCUAAUAAGAGAUCCUGAAGGAUGAUAGGGUUAGAUGAGACAUUUCAUAGUGGGCAUUUUUCAUCAGUAGUGUGUUGUAUCACUAUCAUUUUUAAACAAUCAUUCACUUGACAAGGCAAACUGAGUAUAAGUCUCCCAGUGAUAAAGCGACCCUACGUAUAAGGCGACCCCCUAGUAUGAACCAUCAAAAUCUAUGCUAAUGUAAGUACCGUGUCUAUGAAGCGAACCUGAACGAAGCACAUUAUCAGAGCAUACAAGAUCCCUAUAUUUGCAAUAAAAACAUGUUUGUCUUCCAUUCCAUUUUUAUAUGAUACUUGGUAGAGUGAGUUUAGGUUUUACGCUGCACUCAGCAAUAUUCCAGCUAUAUGGCGGCGGUCUGUAAGUAAUGGA